CUCAAGACGAUCUUAAAUGGGGAUGAGAAUAGUUUGGUCUUUGAAAAUUUGAAUCCAGAUACGUUAUAUGAUGUGUCAGUUACUGCCAUCUAUCCUGAUGAAUCAGAAAGUGAUGAUCUCAUUGGCAGUGAACGAACAUUACCCUUGGUACCUAUCACCACACAAGCCCCAAAGAGUGGCCCACGAAACCUUCAGGUGUACAAUGCCACUUCACACAGUUUGACUGUAAAGUGGGAUCCUGCCAGUGGUCGAGUGCAGAGAUACAGGAUCAUUUACCAGCCGAUCAGUGGGGAUGGCCCCGAACAAUCGACUGUGGUUGGAGGGCGGCAGAACAGUGUGGUGAUACAGAAGCUGCAGCCUGAUACACCAUAUGCUAUUACUGUGUCGUCAAUGUAUGCAGAUGGUGAAGGGGGACGAAUGACAGGACGAGGCAGAACAAAACCUCUCACUACUGUGAAGAACUUGCUAGUUUAUGACCCAACCACUAGUACACUGAAUGUUCGAUGGGAUCACGCAGAAGGGAAUCCACGCCAAUAUAAAGUGUUUUAUGGACCUACUGCCGGAGGUGCAGAAGAAAUGACCACAGUACCAGGAAACACAAACUAUGUCAUCCUGAGGACUCUUGAACCCAACACACCUUACACUGUAACUGUGAUUCCAGUUUUCCCAGAGGGGGAUGGUGGACGUGUCUCUGACACUGGAAGAACUUUGGAGAGAGGAACACCAAGAAACAUUCAAGUUUACAAUCCUACACCAAACAGCAUGAAUGUGCGAUGGGAACCUGCUCCAGGUCCAGUACAGCAGUACAAAAUUAAUUACUCUCCACUGUCUGGCCCAAGGCCAUCAGAAUCUAUUGUGGUACCAGGCAACACUCGUGAUGUGAUGCUGGAGCGCUUGACUCCUGACACUGCUUACUCAAUAAAUGUUAUAGCUCUGUAUACAGAUGGAGAAGGAAAUCCAAGCCAAGCACAAGGAAGAACACUGCCUCGCAGUGGUCCAAGGAAUGUGAGAGUGUUUGACGAGACCACAAACAGCCUUUCUGUACAAUGGGACCAUGCUGAUGGGCCUGUCCACCAGUACAGAAUCAUUUAUUCACCCACUGUGGGAGACCCUAUCGAUGAAUAUACAACAGUUCCUGGGAUAAGAAAUAACGUGAUACUACAACCACUGCAAUCUGACACGCCGUAUAAAAUUACUGUUGUGGCUGUGUACGAAGAUGGAGAUGGUGGACAACUGACUGGAAAUGGCAGAACUGUUGGCCUACUUCCUCCUCAAAAUAUGUAUAUAACUGAUGAAUGGUAUACACGAUUCAGAGUUUCCUGGGAUCCUUCACCAUCCCCUGUUCUUGGCUACAAAAUUGUAUACAAACCUGUGGGUUCAAAUGAGCCUAUGGAGGUUUUUGUUGGAGAAGUGACUUCCUACACCUUGCAUAAUCUAUCUCCCAGUACUACUUACGAUGUGAAUGUUUAUGCCCAGUAUGAUUCUGGAAUGAGCAUACCUUUGACAGAUCAAGGCACUACAUUAUACUUGAAUGUCACUGACCUAACAAGUUACAAAGUGGGUUGGGAUACUUUCUGUAUCCGAUGGUCAGCUCAUCGGUCAGCAACUUCCUACAGACUGAAGCUAAACCCUGCUGAUGGUUCCAGAGGCCAGGAAAUCACAGUACGUGGAUCAGAAACGAGCCAUUGUUUUACUGGCCUCUCACCAGACACAGAAUACAAUGCUACCAUCUUUGUUCAGACCCCUAACCUUGAAGGACCUCCCGUCUCUAUGAGAGAGCAUACGGUCCUCAAACCUACAGAGGCACCAACUCCACCACCUACACCUCCUCCACCUCCCACAAUUCCUCCAGCUCGAGAUGUAUGCAGAGGUGCCAAAGCAGACAUAGUAUUCUUGACUGAUGCUUCCUGGAGUAUUGGUGAUGACAACUUCAACAAAGUAGUAAAAUUUGUUUUUAAUACAGUAGGAGCCUUUGACUUGAUUAAUCCUGCUGGAAUCCAGGUUUCAUUUGUGCAGUACAGUGAUGAGGCAAAAUCUGAAUUUAAACUCAAUACGUUUGAUGACAAGGCCCAGGCCCUGGGAGCGCUUCAAAAUAUUCAGUACAGAGGAGGAAACACAAGGACGGGCAAAGCCUUAACAUUUAUCAAAGAAAAGGUUUUGACUUGGGAGAGCGGCAUGAGGCGAGGCGUUCCCAAGGUACUUGUUGUUGUCACAGAUGGUCGGUCUCAGGAUGAGGUGAGGAAAGCAGCGACUGUCAUACAGCACUCCGGCUUCAGUGUCUUUGUGGUUGGUGUGGCUGAUGUAGAUUACAAUGAGCUGGCCAAGAUUGCCAGCAAGCCCAGUGAGCGUCAUGUAUUUAUUGUUGAUGACUUUGAUGCCUUUGAAAAGAUUCAAGAUAACCUCGUCACUUUUGUGUGUGAGACAGCUACCUCAACUUGUCCUCUUAUUUACUUGGAGGGCUACACUUCACCUGGUUUCAAGAUGUUGGAAUCAUAUAAUCUAACAGAGAAGCAUUUUGCUUCUGUACAAGGCGUAUCACUGGAAUCAGGCUCUUUCCCAAGCUAUGUAGCAUAUCGACUCCACAAAAAUGCCUUUGUCAGCCAGCCAAUACGGGAGAUUCACCCAGAGGGAUUGCCACAGGCGUACACUAUCAUUCUGUUAUUCCGUCUUCUGCCUGAAUCCCCCAAUGAGCCUUUUGCAAUUUGGCAGAUUACAGACAGAGAUUACAAACCACAAGUUGGAGUUGUGCUUGAUCCUGCCAGUAAAGUGCUGUCAUUCUUUAACAAGGAUACAAGAGGAGAGGUUCAAACUGUAACUUUUGAUAAUGAUGAAAUAAAGAAAAUCUUUUAUGGAAGCUUCCACAAGGUCCAUAUUGUUGUAACUUCAUCAAAUGUUAAGAUAUACCUUGACUGCAGUGAAAUACUAGAAAAACCAAUUAAGGAGGCUGGGAACAUCACAACUGAUGGCUAUGAAAUACUUGGGAAACUUCUUAAAGGUGACCGGAGAUCAGCAACGUUAGAAAUCCAGAAUUUUGACAUUGUGUGCAGUCCAGUUUGGAGUAGCAGAGACAGAUGCUGUGAUCUUCCUUCUAUGAGAGAUGAAGCAAAAUGUCCAGCUCUUCCAAAUGCUUGUACCUGUACUCAAGACAGCGUGGGACCUCCAGGACCCCCUGGACCAGCUGGUGGCCCAGGUGCUAAAGGUCCCAGAGGUGAAAGGGGUUUGACUGGAUCAUCUGGUCCGCCUGGUCCUCGUGGUGAGACAGGUCCUCCUGGCCCUCAAGGUCCCCCAGGUCCCCAGGGUCCCAAUGGGCUGUCAAUCCCAGGUGAACCGGGUCGUCAAGGAAUGAAAGGUGAUGCUGGCCAGCCUGGACUACCAGGGCGAUCGGGAACCCCAGGUUUACCUGGUCCACCUGGCCCAAUGGGACCUCCAGGAGAAAGGGGUUUCACAGGAAAAGAUGGUCCCACAGGUCCCAGAGGCCCACCAGGACCAGCGGGUGCUCCAGGAGUUCCAGGAGUUGCUGGCCCAAGUGGAAAACCAGGGAAGCCAGGAGAUCGUGGGACACCAGGUACACCUGGAAUGAAGGGAGAAAAAGGUGACAGAGGUGACAUUGCUUCUCAGAACAUGAUGCGAGCAGUUGCAAGACAAGUUUGUGAACAACUGAUAAAUGGUCAAAUGAGCCGGUUCAAUCAAAUGCUGAAUCAAAUUCCAAAUGAUUAUUAUUCAAACCGCAACCAGCCAGGGCCACCAGGACCACCUGGUCCUCCAGGAGCUGCUGGGACAAGAGGAGAGCCUGGACCUGGAGGAAGACCAGGAUUCCCAGGACCUCCUGGGGUCCAAGGACCACCCGGUGAAAGAGGAAUGCCUGGAGAGAAAGGCGAAAGAGGAACUGGAUCUCAAGGACCUCGAGGUUUGCCAGGACCACCUGGUCCACAAGGAGAAUCUAGAACUGGUCCACCAGGCUCCACAGGAUCACGAGGACCACCAGGGCCGCCAGGUCGUCCUGGAAAUGCAGGUGUUCGAGGUCCCCCAGGGCCACCAGGAUAUUGUGAUUCAUCCCAGUGUGCUAGCAUCCCUUACAAUGGCCAAGGAUUCCCAGAACCAUACGUGCCUGAAAGUGGACCCUAUCAACCUGAAGGUGAACCCUUUGUAGUACCUAUGGAGUCAGAAAGGAGAGAGGACGAGUAUGAGGACUAUGGAGUUGAAAUGCAUUCACCAGAAUACCCUGAGCACAUGCGCUGGAAAAGAUCGCUGUCAAGAAAAGCAAAAACAAAACCAUAAAAGAUCUCUGUCUUGUUUUGGUGGUUUUUUUUGAUUGGUGGCUUUUGGUUUUGCUAUACUUGCAUUUGCUGAUACACACAGGGAGAGUGCUUCACUUCUUUUGCAACACAGCUUUCUGGUCUUUUCGUAUGAGAUGCACCCCUGUUUUGUGUCUUGCUUAUGCAGGGAUAGCAACGUGUGUACUAGAGACUUCAUAUUGCUCUGGAAAUGCUUGUAAAAUACUUUUGCUUAUAGUGGCUGCGUACAGGUUAAUAUGUGCAUUCAGUUAUCUCAGUGCUGCCUUUUCAUUAAAAUAAUGU